GGGGGCGGGCCGGAGGGUGAGGCCUUAAGCCUCUUGUGCUCGGAGCUGCAAUUUGUGAACCCACCGUGAUGAAAUCGAGCUCUGGGCAAAUCAGAGGCGCCUGUCAACUUCCCAGGUGGGACUGCCGAGGGUGAACAGACCGAACUAGGAGCCCCAGGCAGAGCAGCCCUGCAGGCGGACGCAGCUGCAGAGGGCUUGCCGAGAGCCCAGAGCCAGAGCCGGGCAUGGCUGCAGGAGGCUCCGCGCGGUCGCGCCAGGUCUUCUCCCUGUUCACCUUUGCCAUUGGGGUUAACAUGUGCUUGGGAGUCACCGUGAGCCGCGUCAAGAGGGCAGAAGGAUGGGACGAGAGCCCCACUUCGGUCUUGUCAGACUCUCCCUGGACCAACAUCUCUGGAUCGUGCAAGGGCAGAUGCUUUGAGCUGCAGGAGGUUGGACCCCCGGAAUGUCGCUGUGACAACCUGUGUAAGAGCUACAGCAGCUGCUGCCACGACUUCGAUGAGCUCUGUUUGAAGACCGCUCGCGGCUGGGAGUGCACCAAGGACCGAUGCGGAGAGGUUCGGAAUGAGGAGCAUGCCUGCCACUGCUCGGAGGACUGUCUGGCCCGCGGAGACUGCUGCACCAACUACCAAGUGGUUUGCAAAGGAGAAUCGCACUGGGUGGACGAUGACUGUGAGGAGAUAAAGACCCCAGAGUGUCCUGCUGGGUUUGUCCGCCCGCCGCUCAUCAUCUUCUCAGUGGAUGGGUUCCGCGCAUCCUACAUGAAGAAGGGCAGCAAGGUCAUGCCCAACAUCGAGAAGCUGAGGUCCUGCGGUACACAUUCUCCCUACAUGAGGCCCGUGUACCCGACCAAAACCUUCCCGAACUUGUACACCUUGGCCACCGGGCUGUAUCCAGAAUCGCAUGGCAUUGUGGGCAAUUCCAUGUAUGACCCCGUGUUCGAUGCCACCUUCCACCUCCGAGGCCGGGAGAAGUUUAACCACCGCUGGUGGGGAGGUCAGCCGCUAUGGAUUACAGCCAUCAAGCAAGGGGUGAGAGCUGGAACAUUCUUCUGGUCGAUUGCCAUUCCCCACGAGCGGAGGAUCUUGACCAUCCUGCAGUGGCUCUCCCUGCCGGACAAUGAGAGGCCAUCAGUCUAUGCCUUCUAUUCUGAACAGCCUGAUGUCUCUGGACACAAGUACGGCCCCUUCGGUCCUGAGGAGAGUAGCUAUGCCUCACCUCUUACUCCGGCUAAGAGACCUAAGAGGAAAGUUGCCCCUAAGAGGAGACAGGAAAGACCAGUUGCUCCUCCAAAGAAAAGAAGAAGAAAAUUACAUAGGAUGGAUCAUUAUGCGGCGGAAACCCGUCAGGACAAAAUGACAAACCCACUGAGGGAUAUUGACAGAACUAUGGGGCAACUCAUGGAUGGACUGAAGCAACUCAAGCUGCACCGGUGUGCGAAUGUCAUCUUUGUUGGAGACCACGGAAUGGAAGAUGUCACCUGUGAAAGAACUGAGUUUCUAAGCAAUUAUCUGACCAACGUGGAUGAUAUUACCUUAGUGCCGGGAACUCUGGGCAGAAUCCGGCCCAAGUUUAACAAUAAUGCUAAAUACGACCCUAAGGUCAUCAUCGCCAAUCUCACGUGUAAAAAGCCAGACCAGCACUUCAAACCUUACCUGAAGCAGCACCUGCCCAAACGUUUGCACUACGCCAACAACAGGAGGAUCGAGGACAUCCACUUGCUGGUGGAACGCAGGUGGCACGUGGCGAGCAGGAAACCUUUGGAUGUUUAUAAGAAACCUGCAGGAAAGUGUGUUCUCCAGGGGGACCAUGGAUUUGAUAACAAGGUCAACAGCAUGCAGACUGUUUUUGUAGGUUAUGGCCCAACAUUUAAAUACAAGACUAAAGUGCCUCCAUUUGAAAACAUUGAACUUUACAAUGUCAUGUGUGAUCUCCUGGGAUUAAAGCCAGCUCCUAAUAACGGAACCCACGGAAGCUUGAACCACCUCCUGCGCAGCAACACCUUCCGGCCAGUGAUGCCUGAGGAGGUCACCAGGCCGAUCUACCCAGGGAUCAUGUACCUGCAGUCGGACUUCGACCUGGGCUGCACCUGUGAUGAUAAAGUAGAGCCAAAGAACAAAGUGGAUGAACUCAACAAACGCCUUCAUACCAAAGGGUCUACUGAAGAGAGACAUCUCCUGUACGGGCGACCUGCAGUCCUUUACCGGACCAGAUAUGAUAUCUUAUAUCACACUGACUUUGAAAGCGGUUACAGUGAAAUAUUCCUGAUGCCUCUUUGGACUUCGUACACCGUUUCCAAACAGGCUGAGGUCUCUGUUCUCCCCGAGCACCUGAGCAGCUGUGUCCGCCCCGAUGUCCGAGUCUCUCCAGGUUUCAGUCAGACCUGCCUGGCCUACAAAAACGACAAGCAGAUGUCCUACGGGUUCCUCUUCCCGCCCUAUCUGAGCUCUUCACCAGAAGCUAAAUAUGAUGCAUUCCUUGUAACCAAUAUGGUGCCAAUGUACCCUGCUUUUAAACGAGUAUGGAAUUAUUUCCAAAGAGUAUUAGUGAAGAAAUACGCUUCAGAAAGAAAUGGAGUUAAUGUGAUAAGCGGACCCAUUUUUGAUUAUGACUACGAUGGCCUACAUGACCCAGAGGACAAGAUCAAGCAGUACGUGGAAGGCAGCUCCAUUCCGGUGCCCACGCAUUACUACAGCAUCCUCACCAGUUGCCUGGACUUCACGCAGCCAGCCGACAAGUGCGACGGGCCCCUGUCCGUGUCCUCCUUCAUCCUGCCCCACCGGCCCGACAACGACGAGAGCUGCAAUAGCUCAGAGGACGAGUCGAAAUGGGUGGAGGAGCUCAUGAAGAUGCACACAGCUCGGGUGCGGGACAUCGAACAGCUCACCAGUCUGGAUUUCUUCCGGAAGACCAGCCGCAGCUACCCAGAAAUCCUGUCCCUCAAGACAUACCUGCAUACGUAUGAGAGCGAGAUUUAGCUUCCCAGCUGCACGCGGCGCAGGCUUAUCACCUGGUGUAUAUUUUUAUAUUGUGUUUGUAUUUAUUAAUUUGAACCAAGACAUUAAAGAAACCUUAGCGUUUUAGUCCUGUACUCAAUCUGACAUAGUAAGCCUAAAUGACUCCACUGUUUUGCUCUCAUGCUUGAUUUAGGUAGCCUUGUGUUCCGAGUAGAGCUUGUAAUAAAUACUGCAGCUUGAGAUUUUAGUGGGAGCUUCUGAGUGGGGCUGCAGAUUGGAUAUUUGCAUUGAGGAAAUAGUAAUUUUCCAAUGCACAGGUACCGCAUUUAGUCCUGUACUGUACUGAGAUACCGAUUUUGUAAAGUUGCAUUUGUGGGCUGUUAACUCUGACAGAUGUGUUUAAGCCUCAUAGACCAAUCUUAAGUAUAAUAAAUCACACAUUCAGUUUU